AUGAUAAGGAAUAUAUUUUAUAACAUCUGUUUUAAUAGAAGAUUUGAAUUGGCUUUGUUUAAAAAAAUUAAUUAUGCCCCAAUUUUAAGGAAUCUACACAAUGAACAGGGAUUCGUAUAUUCAAGAUCAUUUUCAACAGCAAAUACACCUAAUAAUAGUGACAAUGAAACUAUUACCAUAUCUUAUGGUCCCAAAGAUACUCUUUUAAUGCUAGGAUAUAAUAUAAAAGAAAAUGAUUUAAAAGAUCAUAUUAAAAUGUUGGAAGAAUCUCUUAAACUUAAACUCAUGUCAUUGGACUUUUAUUCUCCAGAUAUCGCAAAUUCUUAUUCAGGUAUUAUUAUAAUUUUAUGUUCCACAGUAUUGGGAUGCUAUUGUUCGUUUAUUUUUAUUUUAGAAUUGGGUAUGGUACAACACCAAUCACUUGAGUACAUAAAUAAGGCUAAGGAAAAUUAUAUAAAAUCUUAUGAAAUUUGGAAAAAAAUUAAAGGACAAAACUCAAGAGAAGUUGCUAACGUAUUAUGUUUGCUGGGUUCGAAUCUAAUUUUACAGAUAUUUGUUUAUUUACCCUACACACACCAAUAUACAGAUCUAUAUAUAGCCAGGAGUAUAUUUCGUUUUAUAGGAGUUGUAUUGCGUGAUUUGGGAGAGAUUGAAUUGUCAAAAUCAACACUAUUAGAAUCUCUUUCAAUAGAUCGUCAACUUAAUACACCUGAGAGUAACUUAUGCUCAGUGUAUUCACUAAAUAAUCUGGCCAAUAUAUCUCAUUUACAACAGAAUUAUAAAGAGGUGCUCCACUCAGAACCAUUAAUUGUUUAG